UGGUUAUUCCUAUCGGUAAAGAUGCACUCGUCACAGAGCUGUUGGAGAAAAUCCACGAGAAGCUCAAAGAGUGGGACCCCGACUUCGAUGUGGCCGAGUGCGACCUCUCCCUCUACAAGGCGGAUCUCCCAUCGGAGCCCUAUGGAGACCUGGAUGACCGUGCACACCGAUGGAUCCUCGAUCAUCUGAACGACCAACUCCAUCUCCUGAAGGAAAUUGGCAAGCUCUUCCGGAGUCCGCCAUCUCAAGGCCUAGUUCAUAUCUUGGUCUCCGAUCGCAAGCGUGAGCACUCUCUCCCUGAUGCCCAUCCCCUCCUUGACAUUUUCACGUCUUCAGUCCGGCAUGAGCAUUCCGUACCAGCAAAGCGUGCGCUUUCUCCCUCCAGCGAACACGAAUUUAAUCGCAAAGUCACUGACAUAUGGAGGACCAAGCGUGCUAAAAUUGAAAUCCCUCGACUUGAGAACCUCUUGGGAUUCAUCAAACAGCCUCUUGCUGUCGAGGAAAAGAUCCAGCUUAACGCUGACGUAUAUCGCAGCCUCAUUUCGCAUCGCCCGCAUGACUUGUGUAUGGAGGAGGAUGUUCAGUCCCUAUUCCAGCCGUGCGAUGGGGCGGGCGAUGCGAAGGAUUUAAAUACCCAUGGUCUCGUCACCGCUGUUUUGAGACCGCCACCUCGCGGCGGUACCGAGAAUGCCUUUAUCGGUUUCUGGGAUGCAAAUAUUCGUUCAGUCAUCGAGACCCUGAUUCCAUAUGGCACAAGCAUACGCAACAGUAAUCAACACACGGAGACUCGAAAUCUUCGACCCGAUUUCGGUCACCUCAUAUCGGAUAAGUGUGUCUUCCGAGGCGAGGAGAAGGGCCCAAACAACAAGGAGGACCCCAAGGAAGAACUCCGCAACAAGCUGCCAAAGUGGGUCUAUUCACCUGCCCCUUAUGUACUGGGUAUGUUCUACGACUUUCGAGCGUUCGGUUCUCUAAUUCAUUCUGGAGGUUACUAUUGUAAUGCAUCUGUUAUGACCCUUGUCGCGAUUACACCACCACCUGUUGGAAAAUCGGGAAUCCCCGUUGUUCACGACUUGGUGACGGUUGACCUGAGCUUAACCAAGGGACGCAUCGACAAUAUACGACAUCUCAUCAACCUUGCAAGCCUCCUUAAACCAUUAGCCGAUAUGAUCAGCUCAGCCGGUAGUGAAUAUGAACCCAUGGAACGGAGACAUUGUACGGUCGAAAUAACAACGACGCUCGUCGUUAAAGUGUAUACAUCUCCAGAUGCAGAAUCGCGAGUCCAGCGCCUCCAGUCCACUUAUAACAAGCUACGAGAAAAGCAGGUCCCAAAUGUAGACCAACUUAUCUUCGCCAGAGGGAAUACUGUACAUUUGGGCCCACGCGGAAUUGCUACGGAGCCAGGAGGAGAGGGUGAACUGCGGAAGUGCCUCAAAUGUGUUUUGGAGGCGCUCAUUGUGACACAUCAAAUACCUUUGUUUCAUCGCGAUAUUCGGUGGAGUAAUAUCGUCCGUGCGGUCGAAGAUCAGUCGAAAUGGUUCAUCAUAGACUGGGAAGAUGCUGCUUACCCACCUACUCUCGCGCAAGAAGAUUUUACUCCUGAGAGCCAUUCACCAGCUAUUAAGCAUGAUGGACAUGGGGCGGAAGUUGAUAUCUGGGGUGUCGGGCAUUUGAUUACGAGCUGCCUGACGGGCGAUAUUUCGAUGGACCUGAAGGCACUUGGGCGGAAAAUAUGUGAGGAUUCGGAGAGACUAACUGCGCGUAUGGUCCUUGACAUGAUUGAGGAAACUACGUAGC